AUGCACAAGCCUUCCCUUGUGUUUUCUUCAUCCACCACCAAAACGAAAGCUUCUUCACCACAACCAACCAUUUCAAACUCCAAACAUCAUCAGCUGGUACCUUUGAGAAAACCCGAACACGCAGACUCUUCCAUCGAUGGAAAGGCAUCUUUUAUGAAGGAAGUGGUUUCGUCAUUUCCGGAAAUCAAAUCAUCAAAGACACUGGGUUCAACAAAGGCUCAUUCCGAAAAUAAUAGAUCGAUCAUCACCACAGCAACACCGUUGAAAAAUUCUUCCAAAAGUACCAACAACAAUUCAGAACUAUUCAAUCACUCUUUUACCUUUGAAUCACCAAAGAAGAAUACUACUACUAGCUCUCUUUCAUCAUCAAAUGAUUUGGAAUCGUCUGAUAAAAAGAGAAAGCUCGAUCAAGCUUCAACAAGCUCACUAUCUUCUUCACCAGGAUGGAAAACAAAGCCUUCUAAAAAGCUUAAAGACACAUUUUCCAGCAUAUCGGAUGAAAAAAAGCCUUUUUCACAUAAAGAGGUGAAACCCAAAUCAAAAAAGACAAAAUUUAUUAUUGGCGUCACCGGUGGUGAUUUUAUGGAGAAAGGAGAAGUUGUCAAUAUUAUCAAGAAAUUAUCCAAAAAUUCUGAAUAUGAGUGUGUAGAAAUUGGAGGUUCAGAUUGUGAAAAAUUCACACACCUUGUAUGCUUGGAUGAAGACCCAAAAAAGACAUUGAAAUUAAUCUAUUCUAUUGCGUUAAAUAUUCCAAUUUUAAAAUCGUCAUGGCUCUAUGAAAGUGAUAAGGCUUCAUAUUUUGUUUCUGAAAGCGAGUUCUACAUUACUAAAUAUCUCAGAAAAAGACCAAAUGGUGGAGUACUGAAAGACAAGCGAUGUUUUGUUUUAAGGGGAGACAAUGUGUCUUUCCCUUCACCUGAAAUUUGUGAACGAUUUAUUGAAUUAUGCGGAGGAUCAAUAGUUGAGAAGAUUACUCAAGCGAAUAUCAUUAUUACUACAUCCACUUCAAAGGAAUUGGAAUAUAUUAUUCCUAGACAUGAUAUUUCCUCAUUACCAAUCUAUCCGGUUGUCAAAAUGCGCUGGAUUGUUGAUGUUGUUGACAAGCAACAGUUAUUGGAUACCAAAGAGUAUAGAGAUGAAUAUUAUUAUAGCGCAGAAUGCAUAACCAAAGAAAAGGAAAUAUUGGCUCAAACAGUUCCCUCUCAUAUAGCUUGUUUAAGACUGACGUCCACUCUUGAUUGUACUUCGCAACUGAUACCAUUGUAUGCUGAUAAGAAAGUUGUGACGUUAGGCAGAGCUGCAACUGAUGUCGAUCACGUGAUUGACACUCCAAACUCCAAACAGAAUCCUGUCAUUUCUCGUAUUCAUGCGAAAAUUGUACAGAUACAAGAAAAUAAUAGUCAGAAUGAAGAAAAAGUUAUACGAUGGAAACUCAUUGAUUCUUCCUCCAAUGGUACCUUUGUAAAUAAUACCAAAGUUAAGGAAGCUUUUUUAAUGAAUGGUGAUAUUAUUGCGUUUGGUCACAAUAAGGCCAACGUGGCUGUUGGAGAAAAGGUACCAUUUGUUCAAACCAAAUGCAUCUAUGUAUUUGAAACCGAAGAGGUUGUCAAUACUGAAGAUGUACAAAAAGAAAAAGAGGAGCUUAAAAAAGAAAAUGAGAAAAUGAGACAAGAAAUUCAACGACUCAGAGAGACUCACAUUAAGACAGCCAUGUCGAACAUGCAAAAAGAAAAGGAAAUUAUUAGACUUCAAAAUCUGGUGCUUCAAAAUCAAAGAAAGGAUGCUUUAGAAUUCCCAUUCAAUCACAAACUCUACAUUAUUGAUACCAACGUUCUUGUCGAGAGACUGCAUAUUCUCAAGAACUUAUUGGAGAAAGUGAAUUGUUCUUGUGUUAUUCCACAAACAGUCAUUUCUGAGCUCGAUAAAUUAAAGUUAAGGAAAGACAUGUGUGGAAUCAAAGCAAGAGAUGCCAUUCGAUUUUUAGAGGAAUCAUUUGAAAAGGGAAAAUAUGACAAUCUAUAUGGACAACAAUCUCAUCAAACACUGAAUGGUAUGGAGGAUGGAGGAGUUCAGUCACAAUCAGCAGAUGAUCACAUCAUUAAUUGUUGUCUCUACUUUAAGGACAAAGUAUUGAAACGAAAGGAGAAGAAUCACGAACUCAUUUUGUUAACCUAUGAUAGAAAUAUGAGAAUCAAGUCAGGAAUUAACAAAAUUUAUGCUCCAUCAAAUUUUGAAUGA